CAGAACUACACACAGUACAUCCCUCUGUCUAUAUAUGACCUGCAGACAUGGAUGGGCAGCCCGUCCAUCUUUGUCUAUGACUGCUCCAAUGCUGGCCUGAUUGUCAAGUCCUUCAAGCAGUUUGCGCUGCAGCGGGAGCAGGAGCUGGAGGUAGCUGCAAUUAACCCAAACCACCCCCUUGCCCAGAUGCCCUUGCCCCCGUCAAUGAAGAACUGCAUCCAGCUGGCAGCCUGCGAGGCCACCGAGCUCUUGCCCAUGAUCCCCGACCUCCCGGCUGACCUGUUCACGUCCUGCCUCACUACCCCCAUCAAGAUCGCCCUGCGCUGGUUUUGCAUGCAGAAGUGUGUCCGUCUGGUGCCUGGAGUCACGCUGGAUCUGAUAGAAAAGAUUCCUGGCCGGCUCAAUGACAGGAGGACUCCUUUGGGUGAACUCAACUGGAUCUUCACGGCAAUCACAGACACCAUCGCAUGGAAUGUGCUCCCCCGGGAUCUCUUCCAAAAGCUCUUCAGACAGGACCUGUUGGUGGCUAGUCUGUUUCGAAAUUUCUUAUUGGCAGAAAGGAUCAUGAGGUCUUAUAACUGCACUCCAGUCAGCAGCCCCCGACUUCCCCCAACAUACAUGCACGCCAUGUGGCAGGCCUGGGACCUCGCCGUGGACAUCUGCCUUUCCCAGCUGCCGACCAUCAUAGAGGAGGGCACUGCAUUCCGGCACAGCCCGUUCUUUGCUGAGCAGCUGACAGCGUUCCAGGUGUGGCUCACGAUGGGCGUGGAGAACAGGAACCCCCCUGAGCAGCUACCCAUUGUCUUGCAGGUGCUGUUAAGCCAAGUGCACCGGCUGAGAGCUUUGGACUUGCUGGGAAGAUUCUUGGACUUGGGCCCCUGGGCGGUAAGCCUGGCCUUGUCUGUCGGCAUCUUCCCCUAUGUGCUGAAACUGCUCCAGAGCUCAGCCCGUGAGCUCAGGCCACUACUCGUCUUCAUCUGGGCCAAGAUCCUCGCUGUGGACAGUGUGAGUCAUCCCCGCCGGUCCUCUUGGGGGGUGGACUGCCCCACCCCAAAUGACAGUGCCUGCUGA